AUGGGACACUCGCUCAAUCAGUACCUGCUUCCAGGCUCAGAUUUGACGAACUCUUUACUGGGUAUACUCUGUCGAUUCAGGAAAGAGAAGAUCGCAAUAACAUGUGAUGUUGAACAGAUGUUUCACCAAUUUAAAGUCAACCCAGAUUGUAGAGACUAUUUGAGAUUUUUGUGGUGGCCAGAUGGUGACACUGAUAAGGAGCCAGUAGACCAUUUGAUGUCCGUACAACUGUUUGGAGCCACCUCAAGUCCAUCAGUAUGCAACUUUGGCCUGAAAAAGAUCGCCACAAAUUAUGAAGAAAAGUACGGGAGUGAAGCUGCUAACUUUGUCAGAGAGGAUUUCUACUUUGAUGAUGGGUUAAAGUCUGUUCCCGCAGAAGAUGAAGCUAUUGAUCUAGUGGCAAGCACAGUAGGACUCUGUUCAGAAGGGAAGUUGAGACUCCAUAAAUUUGCAUCAAACUCUGAAAAGGUGCUGCUUACCAUCGAUGAAGAAAACAGAGCUAUCAAAGACAGUGAUCUACAGCUGGUGCCACACGUUGGUCAAAACAAAGACCAAGUCAUCGAGAGAGCCUUAGGAAUGUAUUGGAGUAUAUCAUCAGACCAGUUCCAGUUCAAGAUAACGCUAAAGGCACGGCCAGUGACGAGACGUGGGAUCCUGUCAACUAUCGGCACCAUUUACGACUCCUUAGGAUUGAUAUCUCCAGUACUCCUUGUGGGACGACUCAUCUUACAAGAACUCUGCUCCCUCAACCUGGAUUGGGACAGCCCUCUACCAAAAGAACUACAAGACAAGUGGGAGAAUUGGAGAGAGGAGCUGCACUCUUUGGAAAAGCUGAGAAUACCCCGAUGCAUAAAGCCAGCAGAUUUUGGAGAAGCUAAGUCAGUCAGCAUUCAUCACUUUUCAGAUGCCUCACAGUUCGCCUAUGGUCAGUGUUCUUAUGCCAGAAUGAUCAACAGCCAGGGUCAGAUACACUGCAGCCUCAUUAUAGGAAAAGCAAGAGUAGCUCCAUUACGUCCUGUCACGAUACCCCGCCUAGAGCUCACCGCCGCAGUCUUGUCAGCAAAGGUCGCAGCAACACUACGGAGGGAACUGAGUCUUGAGAUUGACGAAGAAACCUUUUGGACGGAUAGUAAAGUAACAUUGGGCUACAUACAGAAUGAAGCAAGACGCUUUCACGUAUUUGUCAGCAACAGAGUUCAGCAGAUCAGGGAUAGUAGUGAGCCAAGCCAAUGGAAACAUGUCAGAGGUCAGGACAACCCAGCUGAUGAAGCUUCCAGGGGGAUGACAGUUGAAAAGUUCAUCACAGGCUCCAUGUGGCUAAAAGGUCCAACAUUCCUUUGGGAACCCGAGAUUCCAGCCCAAGCUAGUAAAGAGAUACCAGAGCUAUCACCAGAUGACCCAGAAGUGAAGACAGUUACCAGCCUAGCAGUUCAAGCAGAAAAAACGGCCUUUGAGACAGAAAACCUAAAGGCAUAUUCGACCUGGGAGAAGCCGAGGAGGUCUAUUGCGAUAAUCAUCAGAUACAGAGAUAAUCUGAGACGUAAAGCCCAAGGGAAAGCUGUUAUGGUCGGCCCAUUGAAAGUUGAGGACCUCAGGAAAGCAGAGUUAGAAAUAUGCAAAGCAGUCCAACAAGAGAAUUUCAGCAAAGACAUCGCAGUUCUCAGAAAGCUGAAAGUGGAGAAGACAGAAAAAGAUGACCAAGCCAAAGGAAGAAAACUACAGAUCAAAGGAACAUCUGCAAUUUAUCGUCUGGGUCCUUUCCUGGAUGAAGACGGCGUGUUAAGAGUCGGAGGUUGCUUAAGAAGAGCUGAUAUUCCAUCAAAUUUGAGGCAUCCAUUCGUCCUGCCCAAAUCAUCCUACGUCACAACCUUGAUUCUGAGACACUGUCAUGAAAAGGUACUUCAUGGUGGCCGCGGAUUCACAGUCAGCUCAGUUAGAGAAGAGGGGUACUGGAUAAUUGGAUGCAGGAAGGCAGUAGGCAGCUUUAUUGGAAAGUGUAUUACCUGUAGACGACUACGCAGACCACUCCAACAGCAGAUGAUGGCAGACCUUCCCAAAGAUCGCCUUGAGUCAAGUCCACCGUUCAGCUUUGUUGGUGCAGAUGCCUUCGGACCAUUCUAUGUCGGCGUCACGAUUGGCAGGAAAACAACAGUCAACAGAUAUGGCAUAGUCUUCACUUGUCUUUCAAUGAGAGCUGUACAUAUUGAAACAGUCACCGAUAUGACCGCCGAUGCCUUUAUCAACGCACUUCGUCGAUUGAUUGCCAUUAGAGGACCAAUCUCCCUUCUACGAUGUGACAGAGGAACACAUUUCGUCGGCGCAAGAAACGAACUACAGAAUGCAUGGUCUGAGAUGGAUUUUGACAAAGUCCAACAGUUUCUCCUGAAACAGGAAUGCAAUAUCGAGUUCAGGAUGAAUGUCCCAUAUGCCAGUCACCACGGGGGAGUCUGGGAACGCCAGAUUCGUACCAUCAGAUCCAUACUGUCUACAAUUCUGCUGAAAUCUGGAACACAACUUGACAAUGAAUCGCUGCAAACGUACCUGUAUGAAGUCAUGGCUAUAAUCAAUGGUAGGCCACUGACUACAGACGACCUGGAGGAUCCAGACUCCUUGAUGCCACUCUGUCCGAAUCAGCUACUGACUAUGAAGUCACGGGUGGUAAUUCCACCGCCUGGAGACUUCCCACGAGAAGACUUGUUUCUGAAGAAGCGUUGGCGCCGAGUGCAACAUCUGGCGAACGAAUUUUGGACCAAGUGGCGCAGAGACUACCUAAACAAUCUACAGCCAAGACAGAAAUGGAACCGAAAAGAGCGUGAUUUCGUCAUUGGGGAUGUUGUUAUCGUGAAGGAUGAUGAUCUGCCAAGAAACCAGUGGAAACUGGCCAGAAUCAACAAAGUCUUCGUUGAUGAGGAUCAGGUCGUUAGAACAGUCCGCCUCGCUGUCGGAAAUCGAUCCUUGGACAACAACGGCAAACCAUUACAACAGACCACCUAUUCAGAAACUCGUCCUUCUCCUUGA